AUGUGCAGACCUCAUCCGACUCAAGAAGGGAAAGUUAUUGUUUUUCUCGAUACGGAGGGCAUCGAUGAUCCAGAAAAGGUUGAUAUUCAGGAAGACACUUGGAUAUUCCUCAUUGCAACAUUGCUUUGCAAUGUACUUGUCUACAAUACAAAAGGCGUAUUUGACGCAUCACACAUCAGCAAGUUCCGGUUUCUUAAAGUGGUUCAUUCUAAUGUGACGGUUGCAAAAGGUGCAAGUGAAGACGACAGUUUCCUUGACUUCUUUUUUCCGAAUUUGGUUCUUGUUUUACGAGAUUUUGGACUCGAAUCCGAUAUAUCGAAAGAGGUAUUCCUUGAACAGCGAUUAAUGUACAAGAAGGGGAAAUCGGAUAGUGUUAAUAAAUUUAACGAACCAAGGCGUCUUAUUCGAAGAUAUUUCAAGAGAAGGACAUGCUUUGACAUCCCUAUCCCAUGCACGAGGCCCGACCAAUUGGAAUCUAUGCCGGAUUCAAAGAUUGAGUCCGAUUUUCUGCAGCGGGUUAACGACUUGCACCAAUACCUUUGCGAAUGUAGCCCAAAGAAACUCAUAUCAGGAAAGCCUGUAAAUGGAAGAAGUAAGUAA